CAAACAGACCUUCUCCCUCCGCCAAAAACGCAUAAUAUUACAGAACACAAGUGAGAUCAAAAUGGACAAGAGAGAGCCACAAGAAGCUCUUACAAACCGGACAUGUGCUCCGACUUUGUUGUCUUUUUACAAACUAUGUCAAACUUCACCCUACUCUCUCUUUCCGCCAUUUUCUCAUUCUCCGAUCAUUCGCCGCCGCCGUCCGUUUUUCCCCUCCGCCACCUCAACCCUAGCCGGAGAUUUUAAAUUACCUCCGUCCUGAUCGUCGUGAAUUCGAUUUUUAUAUAAGGCCGGGCAUGCAUGUGGUGAUGAUUUGUAUAAACAUCUGAUGUAAAUAUUGAUACUGUUAUAUACUACAAAUACAACAAUGGCUACGGCAGAAAAUAUCAUUGUCGGUUCUCAUGUUUGGAUUGAAGAUCCAGAAAUAGCUUGGAUCGAUGGACAAGUUACAAAGAUUAAUGGACAAGAAGUUCAGAUAGAUACCACUAAAGGAAAUUCGGUUGUUGCGAAGUUAUCUAGCAUUUAUCCAAAGGAUGAGGACGCUCCAGAUGGUGGAGUCGAUGACAUGACAAAGCUAUCUUAUCUGCAUGAGCCUGGAGUCCUGCAGAACCUGUCAACCAGAUAUAAACUCAAUGAAAUCUAUACAUACACCGGAAGUAUUCUUAUCGCAAUUAAUCCAUUUCAAAAGUUACCUCACUUGUAUAAUAGUCACAUGAUGCAACAAUACAAAGGAUCUCAACUUGGAGAACUGAGUCCUCAUGUGUAUGCAAUUGCGGAAGUUGCUUACAGGGCAAUGAUAAGAGAAGGUAAAAGCAACUCAAUAUUAGUCAGUGGAGAAAGUGGGGCUGGCAAAACUGAAACCACUAAGCAGCUUAUGCAGUAUCUUGCUUAUUUGGGUGGUCGAAAAGGCACUGAAGGCCGGACUGUUGAGCAACAAGUUCUAGAAUCCAAUCCAGUUCUAGAGGCUUUUGGAAAUGCGAAAACUGUUAGAAACAACAAUUCCAGUCGUUUUGGUAAAUUCGUCGAGAUUCAGUUUGACAAACAAGGGAGAAUAUCAGGCGCAGCAAUUAGAACCUAUCUUCUAGAGAGAUCUCGGGUUUGCCAGGUUUCAGAUCCUGAACGUAACUAUCAUUGUUUUUACCUUCUUUGCGGAGGUCCAGCAGAGGUAGUGGAGAAAUACAAGCUGGGAAGUUCUAAAACGUUUCACUAUCUUAAUCAAUCUAAAUGCCAUGAACUUGCGGGUGUUAAUGAUACCCAAGAGUAUAUUGCCACUAGGAGAGCCAUGGAUAUAGUCGGCAUAAGCGAAACAGAACAGGAAGCAAUUUUCAGAGUUGUUGCUUCGAUUCUCCAUAUUGGUAAUAUUUCGUUUGCUAAGGGGUCAGAAGUUGAUUCAUCAAUUUUAAAAGAUGACAAAUCGAAGUUCCAUUUCGAGACAGCGGUAGAACUUCUCAAGUGUGAUCGUAAAGGAUUGGAGGAUGCACUGUUGAAGCGCGUGAUGGUGACCCCAGAAGAAGUUAUCAAGAGAAGCCUUGAUCCUGUGGCAGCAGUUGUUGGCAGAGAUGGUUUAGCUAAGACUUUAUAUUCACGGUUGUUUGACUGGUUGGUAGAUAAGAUUAAUACAUCAAUUGGACAGGAUCCUAAUUCAAAAUCCUUGAUAGGUGUUCUUGACAUCUAUGGUUUCGAAAGCUUCAAGCAGAACAGUUUUGAACAGUUUUGUAUUAAUUUCACAAAUGAGAAGUUGCAACAACAUUUUAACCAGCAUGUGUUCAAGAUGGAACAAGAAGAGUACACCAAAGAGGCGAUUGAUUGGAGUUACAUAGAAUUUGUUGAUAACCAAGAUGUGCUGGAUCUUAUUGAAAAGAAACCUGGAGGAAUUAUUGCUUUACUUGAUGAAGCCUGCAUGUUUCCCAAGUCAACUCAUGAAACAUUUUCGCAAAAGCUUUACCAGACGUUCAAAGCUCACAAACGCUUUGUCAAACCCAAAUUAUCACGGACUGAUUUUACUAUUGCGCAUUAUGCUGGAGAGGUUCAAUAUCAGUCUGAACAGUUUCUUGACAAAAAUAAAGACUAUGUUGUUCCCGAACAUCAAGAUUUGUUAAGUGCUUCUAAGUGCCCCUUUGUAGCAGGUCUCUUCCCACCAUUACCUGAAGAGACAACUAAGUCAUCAAAAUCAUCCAAAUUCUCAUCCAUAGGAUCAAGGUUUAAGGUACAACUACAACAAUUGAUGGAAACACUUAAUUCUACAGAACCCCAUUACGUUAGAUGUGUGAAGCCCAACAAUCUUCUUAAGCCCUCUAUAUUUGAGAAUGUGAAUAUCAUGCAACAACUGCGCUGUGGUGGUGUUCUAGAGGCAAUUAGGAUAAGUUGUGCUGGAUAUCCAACUCGCAAGACCUUUUUCGAAUUUUCAAAUCGAUUUGCUCUUCUUGUUCCAGAAGUUCAGGAAGGGAAUCUUGAGGAAAAGGUAGCAUGCGAAAAGAUUUUGAAAAAGAUGGAACUCGCAGGUGCUCAGAUAGGGAAAACAAAAGUUUUCUUAAGAGCUGGACAGAUGGCUGAGUUAGAUGCACGGAGAGCUUUAAAGCUUAGUGGUGCAGCCAAGAUUAUUCAACGAAAGAUUAGAACUUAUAUUACUCGGAAAUAUUUUCUUGCUCUGAGAGAGGCCGCCAUUUCUGUGCAAGCUUUCAGUAGAGGAAAACUUGCUUGCAAAUUAUACGAAAAUAUGAGAAGGGAAGACGCCUCUAUCAAAAUACAGAAAAAAGCACGGGGACACUCUGCGAGGAUGUCCUACAAAAACCUUAGAAUCUCAGCUGUUAUGGUCCAGACAGGUAUAAGGGCCAUGUCUUGCCGGAAGGAGUUUAGAUUCAAGAAGCGAGAUACUGCGGCAACAACGAUACAAGCCCGCUGGCGUGGUCAUAGAUGCUUUGCAUACUAUAAGAAAUUGAUAAAGGCCGCAAUACUCACACAAUGCCGAUGGAGAGGGAGGGUUGCUAGGAAGGAGCUUCGGAAAUUAAAAAUGGCUGCAAAGGAAACAGGAGCACUCCAGGAAGCAAAGAAUAAGCUCGAGAAAACAGUGGAAGAACUUACAUGGCGUAUGCAGCUGGAAAAGCGUAUGAGGACUGAUUUAGAAGAAGCAAAAGGACAAGAGAUAUCAAAAAUGCAGAAUUCGCUGGAGCAAAUGCAAGCUAAAAUUGAUGAAGCAAAUGCAUUGGUUGUCAAGGAACGGGAAGCUGCACAAAAAGCAAUUGAAGAGGCGGCUGCAGCAGUUAAGGAAACCCAAGUCCCUGUAGAAGAUACUGCAAAGAUUGAAGAAUUAAGUGCAGAAGUGGAAACCUUAAAGUCAUCAUUGCAAUCUGAAAAAGAGCGAGCUGAUGAUUUGGAAAGAAAAAAUCAAGCAUCUGAGGAGUCAAAUGAAGAAAAGCGCCAGAAGCUGGAAGAAAGUGAAAAAAAAGUUCAAGAACUUCAGCGAUCUUGUAGAAGUCUUGACGAGAAGCUCAACAACUUGGAGUCUGAAAACAAAGUCCUUCGUCAGCAAGCUCUUUCCAUAGCAGAGAACAGUAAGGCCCUACAAGAUUUAGAGGCAGAAAAUAAAAAUCUUCGUCAGAAGGUUUUGACCAUGGCACAAAGUCAUAAGAUGCUCGCUGCCAAUCGCUCUAAAUCAGUUAUUCAGAGAGGAGAAACCACAAAAGCUGCUAUAGAUCUCCCAACUCCUCCAAUAAAACAGCUGAAGGAACAGGCAGCAGAGGUAGAGGAGAGACCCCAAAAAUCACUGAACGAAAAACAGCAAGAGUAUCAGGAUUUGCUUAUGCGUUGUAUUGCACAGCACCUUGGAUUUUCUAAAGGCAGGCCUGUUGCAGCCUGCAUCAUAUACAAAUGCCUGAGGCAGUGGAGAUCAUUUGAAGUAGAAAGGACUAGUAUUUUUGAUCGAAUCAUACAAACAAUUGGCCAUGCUAUUGAGACACAGGACAACAAUGAAACUUUAGCAUAUUGGUUAUCAAAUGCAUCGACUCUGUUGCUCUUGCUGCAACGUACACUAAAAGCCGGUGGCGCUGCUGGUGUAACUCCACAGUUUAGGCGACAGCCAUCUUUAUUUGGGAGGAUGACACAGAGCUUUCGUGGAACUCCAGCUGGUGUUGACCUUUCUUUUGCCAGUGGUGAGUCGACUGGUGGGGUGGAUACAGUACAAGUUGAAGCCAAAUAUCCUGCUUUGCUUUUUAAACAGCAAUUGACAGCUUAUGUUGAAAAGAUGUAUGGCAUGAUUCGUGAUAAUCUAAAGAAAGAGAUUUCUCCACUGCUUGGUUUGUGCAUCCAGGCCCCCAGAAUUUCCAGAGCAAGCUUAAUCAAGGGGACAGCUCGCACACUUGCAAAUGCUGCAGCACAAGAAAUUUUGACUGCUCACUGGCAAGGGAUUGUGAAGAAUAUCGAAAAUUUCUUAAAUAUGUUGAAAUCUAAUCAUGUACCCCCAUUUUUGGUUCGCAAAGUGUUCAUUCAGACGUUCUCUUUCAUCAACGUACAACUAUUUAACAGCCUUCUUUUGAGAAGAGAAUGCUGCUCAUUUAGCAACGGCGAGUAUGUCAAGAAUGGAUUAGCAGAACUGGAACAUUGGUGCUACAAGGCAACAGAUGAGUAUGCAGGUUCGGCCUGGGAUGAGCUAAAGCAUAUAAGACAGGCUAUUGGAUUCCUGGUGAUACAUCAGAAGCCAAGAAAGUCACUGGAUGAAAUAAGUCAUGACCUAUGCCCAGUGCUCAGUAUUCAACAACUCUACAGAAUCAGCACUAUGUACUGGGAUGACAAGUAUGGUACACAUAGCCUUUCUCCAGAUGUAAUAUCUGCCAUGAGGGUGUUAAUGACUGAAGAUUCAAACAAUGCUGUCAGCAGCUCUUUUUUGCUUGAUGAUGAUUCAAGCAUACCGUUCUCAGUUGAAGAUAUCGCUAAAUCAAUGGAUCAGAUUGCCAUUUCAGACAUUGAUCCGCCACCUCUGAUUCGGGAAAACGCAGGAUUCACUUUUCUAUUGCCUCGUGCUGACUGAUUGAAUUUAUCGUGGAGUUGUCAUUAGUUCCCACAGCAGCACCCACCUUCAAGGCAUGAUCGUAAAUUUGAUAUACCAUGUACAGGAAUCUCGACAAACUCAGCCUCAGCUUGCGCUCUCUUUAUACUGUACACUCAGAUACGCGGGGCUCUUUUUCCUACCCCUAAGAAUCAGCCGGUUAACAUUGAAUAUCCUCAGAUUUUGCGACAUGGUUCCUGUACUGCUGAAAGAAAUCUUAGAUGGGCUGCUGAUGUUGUUCCAGUUGAAAUUUGGAGUAUUGGAGAUGCUUUCAAGAUAUCAUCUUCCAUGCAAGUUAACCUGGACAGUUUCUAUUGUCUCUGCACAGUUUCUCUUUAAAAGUAGUGAUUCUUCGGUUACAUUCAUAUAUUUCUGUUGCAUAAAUAUAUUAGAUGAAACUAGGGGUAGUCAGGUAUAAAAAGAAUUAUUUCAUAGA